AUGCUUCAUUUCAACUUCAGCUUCAGUCCAUUUCUUCAGUCAGAGAGCAGGACCAUGGAUGAAAUUAAUGAGGAGCAGCCAUUGAUCAGGAGAGAGAGACCCAUCAGUGACAUCGACUUGAACAACAGAGACCCCAAAGAAAUCCACAACGAUGUGGUCAAGGUUAACUUUGAAGAUGUGAUUGCAGAGCCUGAUGGCAUACACAGUCUGGCUUUGGUGUGGAAAUUCAGCUACGAGGCCUUCACAAAGUCAAAGAAGUAUAUUUAUUGCAGCCUGACUGCCAUCCUUGGUGUCCCUUUGUCUCUGAUCUGGGGCUUACUGUUUGCUUCUCUGUCAUUCUUGAACUUUUGGGUUGUUAUGCCCUGCAUUAAGUGUGUUCAGUUUCAGUUCUACUGUCUGAUUCGGCCCUUAUUGCUGGCCUUAAAGGUUGUCAUUAUCCCAAUCUUUGUGGCAAUGGGAAAAGUAGCUAGUCAGCUGAAAAAUGUUUUACCUAAGCGGGCAUAAGUGCUGU